UAAAAGACAGAAAGACAGAAAAAGAGAGAAAGAGAGAGACAGACGGCAGGUUUCACGUUACAGAGCAGCAGUUCAGUCUCACCUCCAGCAGAGUCGGACCAGUUCAUAGCUUAACUCAGUUGGGACAGGCAGACAGACAGACAGACUACUGGACUAGUUUAGCUAGGAAGGCUGACUUUGGUUUGGACCUGAACUAGACAUCUUAUUUUCCUUUUAGUGUUUUUCUCUGGAAAAGAGAUGAUGAUGGAAGAAAUGUGUUUUUUUUCUGGAAACUGAACUGGACCACCACUCUAUCUGCCAUCAGCUGAAACCGAGGACUUCUGAGCUUAGCUGGACCAAAGCUAAAUAUCUGAAGAAACAGUCUAGUCAUGCAGUCUCUGACUGAGGAGAUCCAGAGUUUCUCUCGGACACGACUGAGGAAACAAUGCACCCGUGUGACAUCAUUGAGCGGCCGGCGCAUCAUCGAGACCUGGAAGGGUUCUACGAUUACUGUGGUUGAAGACCCCACUCCCACAAAGAGGUUUUUGGGAUAUGUCCCUGACACUUCCUGGGACCUGCAAGUCGGCACUGUCAUGCCCUACCUGCUUCUGGGUUCUCAGGAUGCUGCACAUGACUUUGGCACACUGAGAAAACACAAGAUAUCUCACAUCCUGAAUGUAGCCUUCGGGGUGGAGAAUGUCUUUCCUGACCUGUUUAUCUAUAAGACAGUCAGUAUUCUGGAUCAACCCGACGCAGAUGUUCUGCUUCACAUGCAGGACUGCUGUGACUUCAUCCAGCAGGCUCACAGUGAGAAAGGCGUAGUGUUAGUCCACUGCAAUGCCGGCGUGUCACGGGCACCAGCAGUGGUCAUCGGCUACCUGAUGUCAUGUGAUGGCCAGUCCUUUGAUGAUGCCUUCUCAUUGGUCAAAUCAGCUCGGCCUGCCUCAUGCCCCAACCCUGGCUUCCUGGAACAACUGAGGAACUACAAAACACAGACGAUGAAUGGAUCAAAGUACUAAAGAAGGAAGACAAAAUGUUAAGGGCAGUUAGACAGUUUAAGAAUAAAUUUGUGUGACUAAAUAAUUGAAUGAAUUUAAUUGUAAAAGUAAUUUCCAGAACUGCAAAACUGCAAGAAGCAUUUUAUUGAAAAAUAUUUGGGAUUUUUACAGAGUAGAAUCUUUUGAUGUGCUUUAUUGGAAAAAAAGUGAGAUUUUUACAGUGUAGGAUCUGAUUUUGAAGAGCAAAUAAAGGGUCUGUGUCAGUUUAGUUAUCCAAAAUAACCAGACCACCAAGUAAUUAAAAUGUGAGGUGGAUAUAAAAUGUGAUACAACAAUGAUGCAAGAAAUUCUGAAAGUUCAACAAACAUAUGUAUGCAUUUUUUGUGUCUUAUUAAUUGGAUUUCUUUUUCUUUGGGGGGGGGGGGGGGAUUUCAUCCUCUGUAUUUAACCCAUCCUCACUGUUUUGGAGCAAUGGUCACCCACAAACUCCACAAUGUUAUU